CAGCCUAGGAUGCCCUAUAAAAGGUAUCUCUGCCCUUGGCUCCUCAUCCACUCUGGUUCUUUAGCAGAGAGUUCCUGUCUGUGUCUCUGAUCAGGGUUUACUGAACUUCCACAGAUAUGUCCUGCCAGCAAAGCCAGCAGCAGUGCCAGGCCCCUAAGUGCCCACCUAAGUGUCCCCCCAAGUGUCAGACACCUAAGUGUCCACCCAAGUGUCCCCCAAAGUGCCCUACUCAGGCUCCAUGCCCUCCUCCAGUCUCUUCUUGCUGUGGUUCUAGUUCAGGAGGAUGCUGUAGCUCUGGGGGAUGCUGUGGCUCCAGCUCUGGAGGAUGCUGCAGCUCUGGCUCUGGGGGUGGCUGCUGCCUCUUCUCCCAUCACAGGAGAUCCCACAGGCGCAGGCACCAGAGGUCUGACUGCUGUGACAGUGGCAGUGGGCGCAGCCAGCAGUCUGGAGGCUGCUGUGGAAGCUCUGGGGGCUCCUGUGGAAGCUCCGGGGGAUGCUGCUGAUCUGGUGCUCCAACCCAAGAAGAGAAGAGACAAUUUAUUCCUCUUUAUCCUUACUGCUUAGCCCCCUUUGUAAGCUCCUGGAUUUGAAUUGUUUAGAUGUUCAUAGGGGAUGGGGAGAAGCAGGGCCUAUCACUUCUUUAUUAUCAAACCCCCAAUAUUCAAACCACUCUCCUCUUCAUUUAUCCUGUGCAACAAUAAAGUUUUUUGUU